AGGAGAAUGGCUACUGAGAAAGCCUCCUUUGUGACAGAGUUUAUCCUCGCAGGUUUAACAGACCAUCCAGGACUCCAGAUGCCCCUUUUCUUUCUGUUUCUAGGUUUCUAUGUGGUCACUGUGGUGGGGGACCUGGGCUUGAUUACUCUGAUUGGAUUGAAUUCUCACCUUCAUAUUCCCAUGUACUUUUUCCUCUUCAACUCGUCCUUUAUAUAUUUUAGUUUCUGUACUACAAUCAUCCCCAAAAUGCUGAUGAAUUUUGUCUCAAAGAAGAACAUCAUCUCCUAUGUAGGGUGUAUAACUCAGUUUUUUUUCUUCUGUUUCUUUAUCUUUUCUGAAUCCUUCAUCCUGUUAGCGAUGGCAUAUGACCACUAUGUCGCCAUAUGUAAACGACUGGUGUGCACGGUCACCAGGUCUCCCCAGGUCUGUUUAUUCCUUUUGUUAGGUGUCUAUGGGAUGGGGAUUUUUGGCGCCAUGGCCCAUGCAGGAAAUAUAAUGUUUCUGACCUUCUGUGCCAACAACCUUGUCAAUCACUAUAUGUGUGACAUCGUUCCCCUCCUUGAGCUCUCUUGCAACAGCUCUUACAUAAAUUUGCUGAUGGUCUUUAUUGUUGUGACUAUUGGCAUUGGCAUGCCCAUUACCACAAUUUUUAUCUCUUAUGGUUUCAUUCUUUCCAGUGUUCUCCACAUUAGCUCCACAGAGGGAAGGUCCAAAGCCUUCAGUACCUGCAGCUCCCACAUAAUUGCAGUUUCUCUUUUUUUUGGGUCAGGAGCUUUUAUGUACCUCAAACCACCUUCUAUUUUACCCCUUGAUCAGGGGAAAGUUUCUUCCUUAUUCUAUAUGAUUGUUGUACCCAUGUUCAAUCCAUUCAUCUAUAGCCUGAGGAAUAAGGAUGUCAAGUUUGCCCUGAAGAAAACCUUGGGCAGAAUAAACUUUUCUUGAAAAAAUCUUAGCAAUCAAGAAAGGGGAUCAAAGGAUCCAGUGCCCCAUAUAAAACAUCAUCCUCUGAGACUUCAAAAUAUUUAUAUGUUGUGCAAGAGCAUAAAAAACAAAAACAAAAACAAAAACCAAAAAACUACCCGGUGCCAGAGCUGAGACUGGAAUCAGGGCUUUUGAAUCCUAAUCCACUUCUUUCUUCCCUCUUUAUGCCAAGCUUUCACGGAAGAUUUUGUUUCAAAU